CCCGAAGCGGCCGGACCGGAAGUAGGGGUGGCCGGUGGCGCCCCGGGAGCUGCGGCCAGAGCAAGAGCCGCGUUAGGGCUACCGGCAUUAGCAUUGACAAUUGUGUUGAGCCACAGAAGAGCAAUUUCUGAACUUUUGCAUUACUGUUGUUCUGAAACUGGGGUGUUUAGGGCUGAGGACCCUGACAGCCCUGAGCCAAAAUGAAGACUGUUCUCAUGGUUGCAGAGAAGCCAUCCCUGGCACAGUCCAUCGCCAAAAUCCUUUCUCGAGGGAACAUGGCCUCACACAAAGGGCUGAACGGGGCCUGCUCAGUCCAUGAAUACACAGGAACCUUUGCUGGCCAACCAGUCCGCUUCAAGAUGACAUCUGUCUGUGGUCAUGUGAUGACCCUGGAUUUCCUGGGAAAGUACAACAAGUGGGACAAGGUGGACCCUGCGGAGCUGUUCAGCCAAGCUCCAACAGAGAAGAAGGAAGCUAAUCCCAAGCUGAACAUGGUGAAGUUCCUGCAGGUGGAGGGCAGAGGCUGCGAUUACAUUGUGCUAUGGCUAGACUGUGACAAGGAAGGGGAGAACAUUUGCUUUGAGGUCCUUGAUGCUGUUCUGCCUGUCAUGAAUAAAGCCCACAGCAAUGAGAAGACCGUGUUCCGGGCUAGGUUCAGCUCCAUUACUGACACAGACAUCUGUAACGCCAUGGCCCGCCUGGGUGAGCCAGACCACAAUGAGGCACUCUCAGUGGAUGCCCGCCAGGAACUGGACCUGCGUAUUGGCUGUGCUUUCACCAGGUUCCAGACAAAAUAUUUCCAAGGGAAAUACGGUGAUUUAGAUAGCUCUCUCAUCUCCUUUGGGCCAUGUCAGACUCCUACCCUGGGAUUUUGUGUGGAGAGACAUGAUAAAAUCCAAUCCUUCAAACCAGAGACCUACUGGGUGCUGCAGGCCAAGGUUAAUACAGAUAAAGACAAAUCUCUCCUUUUGGACUGGGACCGAGUGAGAGUAUUUGACAGGGAGAUUGCACAAAUGUUUUUAAACAUGACAAAACUGGAGAAGGAAGCUCAGGUGGAGACCACAAGUAAGAAAGAAAAGGCCAAGCAGAGGCCACUGGCCCUGAACACUGUGGAGAUGCUGCGUGUGGCUAGCUCUGCUCUGGGCAUGGGACCACAGCAUGCCAUGCAAACAGCUGAGCGGCUGUAUACACAGGGUUACAUCAGCUACCCACGGACAGAGACCACCCACUAUCCUGAAAACUUUGACCUGAAGGGUUCUCUGCGGCAGCAGGCCAACCACCCCUACUGGGCAGACACGGUGAAGCGGUUGUUAUCAGAAGGUAUCAACCGCCCACGGAAAGGCCACGAUGCUGGAGAUCAUCCUCCUAUUACACCCAUGAGAUCUGCCACAGAAGCAGAAUUAGGGGGUGAUGCAUGGCGGCUCUAUGAGUAUAUCACCAGGCACUUCAUUGCCACUGUUAGCCAUGACUGCAAGUACCUCCAGAGCACCAUCUCCUUCAGGAUUGGUCCUGAGCUCUUUACCUGCUCAGGGAAGACUGUCAUCUCACCAGGCUUCACAGAGAUUAUGCCCUGGCAGAGCGUGCCCCUGGAAGAGAGCCUACCCACCUGCCAGAGGGGUGAUACCUUUGCUGUGGGUGAGGUGAAGAUGCUGGAGAAACAGACAAGCCCACCUGAUUACCUUACUGAGGCUGAGCUCAUCACACUCAUGGAGAAGCAUGGCAUCGGGACUGAUGCCAGCAUCCCUGUGCACAUCAACAAUAUCUGUCAGCGCAACUAUGUCACUGUGGAGAGUGGCCGCCGACUCAAGCCCACCAACCUUGGCAUUGUCCUGGUGCAUGGCUACUAUAAGAUUGAUGCAGAGCUUGUGCUUCCCACCAUCCGAAGUGCUGUGGAGAAGCAGUUGAACCUGAUUGCCCAAGGCAAGGCUGACUACCGCCAGGUCCUAGGCCACACCUUGGAUGUCUUCAAGAGGAAGUUCCACUACUUUGUUGACUCCAUCGCUGGUAUGGAUGAGUUGAUGGAGGUGUCUUUUUCACCCCUGGCAGCCACAGGCAAACCCCUCUCACGCUGUGGGAAGUGUCACCGGUUCAUGAAGUAUAUCCAGGCCAAGCCAAGCCGCUUGCACUGCUCCCACUGUGAUGAGACCUACACCCUCCCUCAAAAUGGCACCAUCAAACUCUACAAGGAACUGCGGUGCCCACUGGAUGACUUCGAGCUGGUUCUGUGGUCAUCAGGUUCCCGGGGCAAGAGCUACCCACUAUGUCCCUACUGUUACAACCACCCACCCUUCCGAGACAUGAAGAAAGGCAUGGGCUGCAAUGAGUGCACACACCCCACCUGCCAGCACUCACUGAGCAUGCUGGGCAUCGGCCAGUGUGUAGAGUGUGAGAGUGGGGUCCUGGUGCUGGACCCCACCUCAGGCCCUAAGUGGAAAGUGGCCUGCAACAAGUGCAACGUGGUAGCUCACUGCUUUGAGAACGCCCACCGUGUUCGAGUGUCUGCCGACACCUGCAAUACCUGCGAGGCUGCCCUGCUCGACGUGGACUUCAACAAAGCCAAGUCCCCACUCCCAGGAGAUGAGACACAGCACAUAGGCUGUGUCUUCUGCGACCCCAUAUUCCAGGAGCUGGUGGAGCUGAAGCAUGCAGCCUCUUGCCACCCCAUGCACCGUGGUGGGCCUGGGAGGAGGCAGGGCCGAGGGCGGGGCCGGGGCCGGCGACCCCCAGGGAAGCCCAAUCCCAAGCGGCCAAAGGACAAGAUGUCAGCCCUGGCUGCCUACUUUGUAUGACAUCCCUGUCCUCCCUUACCCAGACUCCAGUCACUGAAACCAUUAAAAUGCAUUUUGCCUUCUCCAGA